AUAACUGGCGAUAGAAACAAAAGGUAGAGAGAGCUUGAUGACUCCUGAUACUCCGCCUCAUUUAGUCAUCCGUCUGCUUCGGCGCUUCGGCCUUCUUUCUGUCACAUAAAGCACCUCCGUUUCUCUCUCAAGCUCAUAUACAAGCAUAUUACGACGCCCUCUCUCUCUCCCUCUCAACCUGAAUUACGCGGAUUUUUCAACUCUUUCUCUGAGAUUGAACUCAAGAAAAAGCAUCUUCUAUGUCUUCUUUGGGGAACUCUACAAAUAUAUUUUGGCACGAAUGCCCAGUUGGGAAGUCUGAGAGGCAGAAACUACUUAAUCAGAAGGGGUGUGUUGUAUGGAUAACGGGCCUUAGUGGAUCAGGUGCAGUACCUCUUCACAUACCUUUUAUCAACUUUUCAGGGAAAAGCACACUGGCAUGCUCCCUAAGCAGAGAACUACACUCUAAGGGGAAGCUGUCCUAUGUUCUUGAUGGAGAUAACCUUCGCCAUGGACUAAACAAAGGUCUGGGUUUCAGUGCUGAAGAUCGAACUGAAAAUAUUCGCAGGGUUGGUGAAGUAGCAAAACUCUUUGCAGAUGCCGGUUUGAUAUGCAUUGCUAGUCUGAUAUCACCAUACAGAAAAGAUCGGGAUGCUUGCCGUGCAAUGUUGACAGAUGCAAACUUCAUUGAGGCAAGGUUCCUCAUUAAUGGCUCUUAUUAUGACUCAGCAAAUUUUCUUAAAUAUGGAAAUGCCAGGUUUUCUUGUUCUGUACAGGUUUUCAUGAAUAUGCCUCUGUCAUUGUGCGAGUUGAGAGAUGCUAAAGGCCUCUACAAGCUUGCACGUGCUGGAAAGAUUAAAGGAUUUACUGGCAUAGAUGAUCCUUAUGAACCACCAUUGAAUUGCGAGAUAGAAAUACAAGAGAAAAAUGGAGUCUGCCCCUCACCAUUUGCCAUGGCUGGACAAGUAGUGUCCUACUUGGAGGACAAAGGAUUUCUACAUUAUCAGUGAUCAACUCCACUAAUUUUGCACCAUCAUUGUCAUAAUGUCGUCACACAAUUAAUUUAUCAUGUGUUUGCUGUCCUAUCCAUUUUAACACUGCCUGGCUAAGGGUGUCAGCAGGCUCUAACUACUUCACGAGGGAUAUGUUUGGAAUAGAUGAUACAUGUUUCAAAUAGUACAGUUUGGUUUUAUAGACUGACACUGCACUGUUAAUGCUGUUGAUUCAUAGAGACUUGUUCUCUUCUCUGGGUUCACUGCAAACAACUCAUUGUUCUGAUCAAAAUUUUCUUCUUUAGAUAUUAACUCAUCCAGAUGGUUAUCAAUCGUGUACAUUACAUUGAUUAUGAAUGUAAGUUACUACAUAAAUUUCGAAUUUAA